CAAUUCAGGUUCUCUUUGGACCCUGGAGUCUUUUUUAAAAGGGGUAGGUGGAGUUUCCACUCUCUCCUGUCCCCAGACCUGAGUUUGGGUCACAGCGGUCGGGUGUUGCCUCUCUCCGGUCUCCCUGCUGGUCACCCCCACCCCGAAACUAAACCACAAAUCUGCAAAUUUCAGAACAGCAGCAUCAAAACACUGCAAUGGAUCAGCACAGGUAUCGCACGGCGGGCGUUCAGGAGAAGCUGGAGAUCGUCGGGGUGGAGGACGAGGCUGGGAACCCCAUCAGCGCCCUGACCAUCCUAUCACUGCUGGAGCGAGUAGCCGGCAUCAUCGAUAACGUCCAGUCCUGCCAGCAGCGCAUGGAGGAGCGUCAGCUGGACCUGGAGAGCAACAUCAAGAGCAUCCAGGGCGACGUCCUGAAGCUGGCCAAGGACCACACCGACACCAGCGGCACCGUGGAGAAGCUCCUGCAGAAGACCCGCAAGGUCAGCGCCAACGUCAAGGAGGUCCGGACGCGUGUCGAGAAGCAGAACGUUCGGGUGAAGAAGGUGGAGACGACUCAGGAUGAGCUGCUCACCAGAAACAAGUUCAGAGUCGUCAUCUACCAGGGGGAGACGGAGAUCCCAUCAGUAGCCGUCACCAAGUCCCCCAAAGGAGCUGGUCUGGAGGGGGUGGAGAUCGAACCCGACUCCUACGACGUCCCGGCCGACCUCUCCUCCGAUGAGGAGUACCUGAGCGUGGAGGAGGCCGACUCCUCGCGAGCCGCCCGCAUCAAGAAGUCCAUGGUGAAGAGCACGGAGACCAUUAAGGCCGCCUUCUCCAAGGAGAACAUGAGCAAAACCAAAGACAACCUGGGCACCAAGUUCCACAACCUGGGCGAGAAGGUGAUGCCGCCAGAGCGCCGGGAGAAGAUGCAUCAGGCCGGCGAGCGGCUGAAGCAGUCCGGCGAGCGGCUCAAGGACAACAUCGCCAAGAAAGCUCCAAGCAAAGAGACCUUCCGCAUCAAGCUGAAGAAGGAGAGGGCCGUCGCCGAGGGCCAGGAGGGCGCCGAGGCCGAGGCCAAGGACAAGGAGUUGGCGGGGGGCGUGGCCUACACUGAAGUUGCCAUGGAAACCAAGAGGGAGGGGCCGGUGGAGGAGGCCGGCGCUACCCGGAUAGCAGAGUAAGAUCAGAGGUAACAGAUGAGCCACGAUUGGACGUGAAGAGGAGGCAGAACACUGGAGAAAACUCAACCAGGAGUCAACGAGAAGGUGUGCGACGGACAGUUUAUUUGUUUGAAUGUAUCAAAUUGGAAGAAAAAUCAUCAAAACGUGAAGUGCUAUUUAUAAAACCUACUAAUUCAGGUCAUCAAGAGUCAUCUGUUGUCAUUUAAGUAACUUGAUGCACUGAGAUAAAUUCAGGUUUAGGAUUUCAAGUCAAAACUCCCUGGAGUUGUGUUUGACUAAAUUGUGAGUCCACAUGGUGAAGAGUUUGUGUUGCGAUUCAUAACCAGGCUCAAAGUGAAGAUUAUUUAUUAUUUGUACAGGAUGGCUGCAGGGAAAAGGAAGACGGCGGGUGUUUGACAGAACUUUGAGAAGGAAGAUGAAUGUUGACGUCUGUGUGUUAAUCUUCACAUAUAAUACUGUACAUACUGAUUAAACCGCCAAAACUGGGAAGGUGAAGUUGGCCUCAGCUGGUCUCUGAGAAGAGAAGAAACUAACACCGAGUCAGACUGGAUUCUGAACACAGAAUAGUUAGAGUUGAAGAAGAAACCUUAUGGUGCUAGAAAGCGACAUCAAUGAGCACUUAGGUAGACAUUAAAGCUGCACCAGGCCGAGAGGUUUAACCCAAGUAACCAUGGAACUGCUGCACAACAUUAACCGGUAAAAGAUACAAAUUGGUCCAGCUCUUUAUAGCUGCGUUUCCAUAAAGCAGAUUGAAGUAUCGCAUUAGAUAAAAUUGAUGUCAAUGGCAAAAUUCAAAAAAACUUACAGAGUUCAAAAUCUGUGAAAAUCUCUGAUCAAGAAAAGAAACCAUCAGAUGGGAACCAAACACAAGUCAAAGCUGAAGAUAUAAAAUUGUAUUGUCUGCAAAGAAAUGUACACUGAGUGGAAAGAAUGGUGUAUUUAUAUAAAGUUUAAAAAGAAAUGGACCGAGCACAGACCCCUGUGGAACACUAUUUCUCAUAACAGAACUAAAAAGAAGGUGAAAAGGAAGUAAAAAUGACACAUUUAAAAGCAAUUGCAGGAAAAUAUUACAGCUACAAGCUCAGAUAACAACCCAGAAUGUACAUAUAAAAUCAGUUCACAUAAAUAGAAUCACUUGCACAUUUCCAUAAUGUAUUUUUGGUGCAUGUUGAAGUACAAAAGUUAUUAGAAACAGUAGAAUUCAGAAAAAAAUGUCUUCAAAUUAAGAAAAGACACUUGAAAGCCAUCUGAAGCAGACUGAAAAUGACUUAAAAUCCAGGAUGCAUAAAAUUGUGUCAUCUGCGAAGAAAUGGACACUGAAGCACUAGGUAUAAAGAAUGAUGUUGAUUAUACAAAAUGUAAAAAGAAGUGGACCGGGCAUAGAUCCCUGUGGAACCCUACUUUUGACAGUAAUUAAAAAUGAGACAUUUCAAAGCAAUAAAAUGAAACAUUACAGCCACAAGCAGAGAUAAAGAUCUAGAAUUUACACUGAAGCUGAGUUCACGUUUACUGAACUACCAGAUUAGUUUCCAUCACAUAUUUUUAAAUGUCAAAUUAGAGAAAGUUAAUGGAAAAUGCAAAAAAAACUUAGCACAAAAUCUUUUACCCUUGACUGAGAUAAUUUUUUUUUGUUUUUACUUGAGAAACUCGAGGAACUUUGUGAGAGACUGAAAUGUCCCCUGUGAAUUAAUUCGCGAACAUUUAGCUAUCAUGGACAUCAGACUGUCUUUACAACAUGAACUUGGCCGAUACCAGCUGACAGAAAUGACUUUUUUUUUCUCAUUGAAAACGAUUCCCAAAGACUUCUCUUGAUUUUUCUCUUCAAGGUGGCCAACGUUUUGUUUGCUUUACGUCUUCUUCUUAGUUUAUUAGCAAACAACUCGCAAAUAAUUUCUUUGCUCAGUGCAGCUUUAAGUUUAACAGUAAUUUGAGGUAAAACCAGUAAAACCUUUGCAUGAACUUCAGACUAAGGCGGCCUCUCCUAACUAGACAUUAGUCAAAGUAUAAUUGCUUGUCUGAAUGUAAUGGAUUUCAGCUCUGACGUUGGUGGCUUCAAAGCUUUUUGCUGCGUUCAGGUGGGUGAAUGUUUUAGUUUUGGCUGCUGGAUAUUCAUCGUUUCUUUUGAAGUUCAUCCUCCUGAAGCGAUUACUGAGGUCACCGCCUUCAUCAGGAUCACAGGAUGUAAAGUUUUUGGCGCUUUAGUCAUCAGAUGUAGGAGCUUUGCUUUCACAGAGCUGCCAUUAUACACAAGUACAGCGUCUUAUUCUGAAAACACACAACCUGUAUAUCUUUAACCUCUGUUUUAUUUCUUACUUCUAUAUUUAUGUCCCUGUACUGCUGCUGUUGAGUGGAUUUAGUGCACUAGGUGGUAGGAUUUGCAUUCAUUUUGGAGUACAGCUUGUUUUGUUGGCAUUUUUUCAAUCAUCAAGUUGAAAAUCAGCUGAUUGUUGUUUUGUGCCUGUACUCACUUUCUGUUUUUGAUAAAUAAAGUGAAACCUCUAUGAACUGUGGAAAA